UUUUCUUGGCAUCCCCGUGGCGGUCUUGUCAGGGGGCAUCAUGGACGACGAAGAAGAAACUUAUCGGUUAUGGAAAAUCCGAAAAACAAUCAUGCAGCUGUGUCACGAUCGAGGCUACUUGGUAACACAGGAUGAAUUGGAUCAGACCCUGGAAGAGUUCAAAGCCCAGUUUGGUGAUAAGCCGAGUGAAGGGCGACCUCGGCGUACUGAUCUCACAGUGUUGGUGGCCCACAACGAUGAUCCUACGGAUCAGAUGUUUGUCUUUUUCCCAGAGGAACCAAAAGUUGGGAUUAAGACCAUCAAGAUGUAUUGCCAGCGAAUGCAAGAGGAAAAUAUUACCCGGGCCCUGAUUGUGGUGCAACAAGGCAUGACUCCAUCUGCCAAACAGUCUCUAGUAGACAUGGCUCCCAAGUACAUCCUUGAACAAUUCCUUCAACAGGAGCUGCUGAUCAACAUCACUGAGCAUGAGCUGGUUCCAGAACAUGUUGUAAUGACCAAAGAAGAGGUGACAGAAUUACUGGCCAGAUAUAAAUUAAGGGAGAAUCAGCUUCCAAGAAUACAAGCUGGAGAUCCUGUAGCUCGCUAUUUUGGAAUUAAAAGAGGCCAGGUGGUGAAGAUCAUUCGGCCUAGUGAAACAGCGGGGCGUUAUAUCACUUACAGGCUGGUCCAGUAGCCAAGAAGUGUCGUAUAAGCAAUGUCUGAAGCUCUUUUUACCUUACCCUGGAGAUGCCGAUCUGCUUGCUUAACAGUCUUGAGCAUAAGGAAAUACAAGCGUUUACAAGAAUGUGAAGAAAUGUACCAACUUGAGACUUUGAACUUCAAGUUUCUAGUCCUUUCCAUCCAACCAACCGGUCAUGAAGAGGAAAGGAGCCAGCAGCAGCACAGGAAAUGAUUGGUUUUCCAAACUGGACUUCAUCUUGCUUGUAUAAGCUGGAUGUAUUAUUUGUUUAUACUACUUUUCUGGAAUUUGGGUUAGUUUGGGGGGUAAUUAUUUAAGGCAGCAGCAAUUUAUUUUCCAAAUCUGGAUGAAGGAUACUUUAGAAAGCUUCAAAUGGGAGGGCUUCCUUAUUCCUUCUGUAGAUAUCAGGGUGAGGAGGAGUAGGAAAACCCUUUUUUGGUUUGGGGGACAGAGGGGCUCCAUUGGAUGUGGUUUCGGUGGCCUUUUGUGGGGGGAGAGUGGAGGUUCUAAGGAUUAAAAUGGGGGAAUAGACUGCUAAUCUAACCCUAACCUGUAAUUAUGGACUGGUCAUUUUUGUCUUGAAAAAUGGACUUGUAUAAACCCUGGAAGAAUAUCUGCAUUCUUCAGAAGACUUGCUGCCUUCCCUGUUCUGUUAACUAUCACUGAGUUAUUGCUAAGGCUCAGAGUUUACUCAGUCGUCCAGAAAUUUUUUAUUUCAAUAAAACAGAGUAUGUUUUAUUUC